GGUAGCUUUUCUUUUUCAAAGCGCAGAGAGAGAGAGAAAUCAGAAAUGGCAAUGGAGGAGAGGGGAAAAGGAAGUGAGAGAUGGAGCGGAGCCAUAACCAAUCUGACAGAGAUGGCUUCGAAUCUGGAAUCACUCCAGAAGCUACUCCUGAAGAAAGCUGUCUUUGUUGACGAAGAGACCUUUGCCAAAGCCUCCCUCAGUUCCGAACAAGCCCGUACCAUCAAGGUUCUUGAACAAAGGGUAGAGACUUUGGAAAGAGAACUCGAUGCUGCCAUUACGGCUGCGGCUCGUGCUCGUUCUGAGAAACGACAGGCUGAAGCAGCUCAGAAAGCUGCUGAAUUACAUGCACAAGAGAUUACAAGAGAGCUCGAGAACACCACAAAGGUAUUUGAGCUGCACAUGGAAGAGUUGCGUGCAAAGCAGGGUGAAAUCUCAAAGCGUGAUGAGGAAAUUAAAGUCCUCCAAGCUAUUGUUCAAACGCUAGGUGGAAAAGUGUCACAUUCUGCAAAUGGAUGAAUGAAAGGAUCUUAGCAAAUUGGCUGAAAGUGCUCGUGUAUUUCUUGUUCA